AGGACAUUGUGAAUACAUGUUAAAGCGUUUGUUUUUCUCUUUGAAUUUUAUGUUUUGCUCUCAUUCUAUUUGCUCUCCGCUCUCAUAAUUUUCAUAGGGCUGUCAGUUGGUAACCUACCAGCUGCAAUGAAUUUGUAUUUGCUGUCAGAAACAAAAAGCGAACCGAAGACACAAACCCUCCUGCGCCUCCUAGUUAUUGAAGGCAGAAAUAGAACGAGCCAUAUUAAUUUUAAAAUAAUUGCGCAGUAGAGAAUAAAUUACGUCGUAGAGAAUCAACCACGGUACAAAAUUUAAACAAUGAUUAGAUAACAUGACUUAGUUAAAUGCUCUCUCGAUAAUCGACCAAUGGGAGGAAAUUGCGACGCAAGAAUUAGGUUCAAACCAAUCUAUCGCGCGUCGGUUAAAUUACUAUUGUGGAGUGCUUCGAGACGAGUAGUUCGAUUUUGUCGGAGUGAUAUUAAGUUGAUCGAUUCUUAUUUGAAACUUUUUUGACUAGAUUUGAACGUUUGAAUUUGUCGAGCGUGAUUAGAAAUUAGUUAGAGAAAAUCUAACCGUUAUUUGUCCUGGCUAAAGUGAAUUCAGGUAAGCCUUUCUAUUAUUCAGAUGAGCAAAUUAGUUAAUACAAACCGCGUUGUGCAGGACAGUGAAGCCCAAGCAACGUGGGCGGCAAGUGUGGGCCCGUAUCCGGCCAACCUCCAGUCCUGAUCGGAGCGUUUUCGGAUUCCGUUCGUCGUUCGUUCGUGGAUCUAGGGGCCAAGAACCCCAACCGAACCAUUUGAAGGGGCCUACCCUCAAGGGAGUUGUGUCGUGUAACACCUCGAGACGCUUAAACGUGGACUCGCCCGUCCCUAAGUCGCGUGGCGUAGCCGAGACACCUACAACGGCUUCACUCCACAUCGCCAGGGGAUAUCUGUACCCCGAAGUAAACGCCAGCGCGCGAGCCACGUAGGUCGUUCCGACAUUCCCACUGGUGACGACCAGAGGUAGGUUGUUAAGGCACUGUGUUCUUCGGUGGCGAUCUUGGACGUCGCAGGAGCUCCGACGUCGCGGGAAUUCCGACGCGGGAUAUUCGUUGCAGAACACCAUUGCAAAGGUUAGACCGGUCCAUUAUUUUUUGCUCACUAAAAUUAAAAAUCAUACUGUGAAACGAAAUUACAUAUAAAUAGCCUAAGAUACGUGACGUCACAGGUAGGAAAUAGUAGGUUUUCCUGAAUUUCCUAAUAAAAGUUAAGUUGAGUUUUUAUCUUUAAUAAACUCGAUAAAUUCGAUCGUUUUUUUUGGUAUUCGCGGUCGUAAUUUUGAAUUUAUUGAUUAAAUGUACUUCAAACUUAGUCUAAGCCUGCACAAUUUUCUCACGUCACGUAAUAAAGUUUAUGAUGAAAUUUUUAGAUUGGUUAUUACUUAGUUUAAGCGGUUCUUUUCUUCUUUUUUUGAUUGAUUAUUGAGUUUUUUUUUAUAAUUUCGAGUUUUGUUUGUGAAAGUCCAUAUCGGUAAGUACAAAUCUGGUUGAUUGGCUAUUGCGUUUGUGUGUGUCGGGGUGUGGCUUCGGUUCAGAUCAAGCAUUGACCUGCCCUGAGUAAGGAGGUCUCUUCCGGGUAACUUAGCAGAGCUAACGGUCCUUCUUUGAGGAAGGUGGCGCUUAAGCCGUCAGCUUUAGGAUCAAGAAAGAACGUUACAUUUUGGCGCCCAACGUGGGGCCCGAGAGACAAGAGAUUACCAGAUUAGAAACAAAUUUGAUUUAAAAUAUUGAAUUAACAGUGUAUAUGAACUUUUGAAUAGGAUUUACGUAGAUUUUAGAUUUGAUUUUUCGUUUGAAGUUGAAUUAGUAAUACAAAUUAGUUUGGAAUACAUUUUGUUCUGUGUCUAGAUUAAGUUUUUUUUGUUCUGGUUUCGGAUAAUUUGAAAUAAUUUGAAUUUGUUGGAACUUUUUUACGUUAUUUUCUACUAUUAUUUUUUCUACUAUUUUUUUUCUUUUUUUAAUAAUUUUCUUCUAACUACGAUGGAAACAUACCGCAUUUAUGCGAAGGAUUUAGAGGAUGAUGAAGUGGAGUACGAGUUGUCCAUUCGGGGAUACCCUGUAGAAGGGCCGAUGGAAACUCGUUACCGGUCCUUACGACUGGCCUUACGUCAACCCGAAGACGGGAACGCAGUUUUGAACACUGAGUACUCGUUGACUGGGGAUUUCACGGUUGUUCCAAUUAAGCUGAAAGAAAUUGAAACUCUGUUAGAAACGGAUGAUUUGAAGUGCUUUUCGAGACUUGUGCAUUACCAUAAAAGAGUGCGACGUUAUGUGCCGGAAACCGAUGCUCAACGACGGAAUCAACAGGAGUUGCUGGAUGUGAUCAACCGGAUGGUUCGGAAGUACUACAAUAUAGACCUCCGAGCGGCGGCAGAUGAGGUUCCUGUAAUGCGUUUGUCAGCAAAUCGACCAGAAGUCACUGGAGCUACAGCUCGCGGAGUCCACUCAGCGAGGCCAUCGAGUACUGGAGCUAAUGUCACUGAGGAGGAUUUUGGUAAGGCAGAAACUUCCUUUCAACCUGAGGAAGUGGAGCUGAUCAGUUUUUCCGACGAGAGACGUCCCCUGGCAUGUCCCCAAGGAACUCCGAAGACAGCAGCGGUGUCGAGACCGUCAUCCGGGACCAUUCCAAAGCAACCGAUGAUGGGCGUGGUAGGUACUGGUGAUGGCCCAGGAAGGAUCGUCGAGGAGAUACGGGAACCAAUACCACGUGUUAAACGGAGUGAGUCUGGAAUAGUUCCAUCAGGGCACGCUUCACCGAAAGGAGGUGUGGGAGGAGUUCCGGCUAACCGAUUUGAAUCCCGGCACCCGUUGAGGCCGAUCGAGGUAGAUUGCCUAUGGGAGACCCCGGAAUUCAAGAGCAGCGUUCCGAAUACGCUUAUUCAGCCGAAACAACGAGUGAGUAGUGAACCGUUCGCUGAACCACGACGAAUUGUAAGCCCCGGAGUGGUUCGUGGAAGACCUGCCGAAGAAAAGAUAGAUAUGAGUGAUUUUGUGCAUAAAUCGGAGAUACAAGGAUACAUCAAGUCGUACCUGGACCAAGUUUUCAUGUCUGAACGUCGUGGCCUUGGAGGGAUGAACCCACCCGUGGUCGAUACGUUGGUUGACCGAAUUGCCAACAUUGGAAUACAUGAUCCGGAGGUUUCGCAGAUAUCCAGAGCGGCCAAUCAACGCCCAGAAGUAGAUUUUGAUCCGCCAUUGCAGUUGCCUCGGACGAUACCUAUCUAUGGUGAACCUGUAAGGAACAAUCAACAAACAAAUUCAGGCGUACGAGUCGAUUCUCACAGGAUUGACCCGGGUUUGAUAUCCCCGUUCAAUAAUGGAGGUAUGCCAGCGUAUUCUCCGACAAACAUGGCUGGCCCCCAUACCAAUGUGGGUGGAGGAUGGAUGAAUAACCCGUUGCGUAGAAGAUUGCCUCACCAGACGUGUAAUAUAAUCGAGAAAUGGCCGAAGUUCGCGGGUGAUUCUAAUCCCGUGCCUGUCGUGGAUUUUUUGCGACAGAUCGAAAUCCUUAGUCGGUCGUAUCAAGUCGAACAAGAUGAGCUGAGGAUGCACGCUCAUUUGUUGUUCAAGGACGAUGCCUAUGUGUGGUUCACAGCCUACGAAAGCCAAUUGGCUACAUGGGACAUGUUGUUGACAUACUUAAGGAUGCGCUAUGACAACCCUAAUCGAGACCGAUUUAUCCGGGAAGAAAUGAGGAACCGCAAGCAAAGACCGAACGAACUGUUUAGUGCUUACUUGACGGAUCUGGAGGCCAUGUCUCAAAGGAUGACUCGCAAAAUGACAAAGGAUGAGAAAUUUGACAUCGUUGUGGAAAAUAUGAAGAUUUCUUACAAACGGAGGCUAGCGUUACAACCAGUGAAUUCGAUUGAGCAUUUGGCUCAAUUAUGUUAUCGAUUUGAUGCGUUAGAAGCCAAUCUGUAUGCUCCUCGUACUGCGCCGAAGACUGCCGUAAAUGUUAUCGGUUAUGAAGAAGAAUCCGACCCAGCUUCUGGAGAAGACGAAGAUGCGUGUGUGUUGGCAGUGCAAACGAGGAAUUACAAGAAGGGAUCAGCGAACAGCUCGAAACCGAAAGCCGAAAAAGAAGACAGUCAGUUACUUUGCUGGAAUUGUCGCAAGGGCGGACACAUGUGGAGAGAAUGCAACCGCAAGAAAGGCAUUUUCUGUCACAUCUGUGGCGCACCAGAUACCACCGCAUACCGUUGUCCCGAAAAUCACAAUUUAAAGCCUCGAGAUUCGUCGCCCGAGGUGUCAAAAAACGAGUAA